GCCAGCAAUACAGUUUUUCCUUCCUCCUGUGUGAAGUAGACUCGCACCAGCUGAACGCUGUCGUCCUCAGUUUCAGGACUGUAUUGAAGUUGCUAUCUAGACACGACUCUGCCUUGAAACCCGGAGGCUGAGUGUGAGAGGUCCACAAUGUCUGAACUUUUUAUGGAGUGUGUUGAGGAGGAGCUGGAGCCAUGGCAGAAACAAGUUCCUGAAGUUCACAUGAUAGAUGAUGAUGACGAUGAACCCAUCUUCGUUGGAGUGAUCUCGAAUAACCAAAAGGAUGGUAAGCCUAAUCCUCCACCUCCUCAGAGGAACACGGUGGGGAAACAAGAACUACAGUCUCCUGCUCCUCAGCCUGCUAUUGGCUCCUCACAAAUAAUGCUGCCAUUGAGUAUCGCUGGAAAUGCAGUGAAUACUGCAGCACCCAAUCUGGCAACAGUUACUCCACAGCCUGUUAUCGUCAAUAACCAGGGCUUUAUUGUCACUUCUCCACAAUUACCAAACAACAGUGAGUUUAUCGCCUCUCUUGGGUCCCAGUACCCCCCUGGAACUUCAUUUACAAUCGUACCAGCUGGUCAGCAGCAGCUUUUUCAGCAUGUAACUCCAGCCACAGUAAUACCUGGUGCUGUCCACAGGCCUCAGGUGCAACAAAUCAGCAACAACAUUGUGACGUUGUCUAACGUCCAGAGCCCUGCUCUGUAUUCAGCGCAGUCAAAUCAGAUGCAGCCCAAUCGCUCCAGCUCACAAUCUCUUCAGACCUUUUCUGUGCCUGUAAAGACCAAUAGCAACAACAGAGAUCAUAUUGUCAUCAAACGAGGAUUACCACCACAGCAAGUAGACAGCAUAGCAAAAAGAGUUAAACUUGAUUUGGGGCCAACAAAAGUCAUAGUCCCCGUGGAAAAUGGAAUCUUAAAGAAGAAGUGCUCAAAGUGUCAAGAAGAAUUCAUGACACAGGAGACCCUGAGAUGUCAUAUGGUGAGCUGCUGUGCAAAAGUGGAAAGUACAGCUCCUUCAGCCCUGGAUAUGAGUGCAAACAAGCGUAUCAUGCUGGUCUCAGAUUUUUACUACGGCCGGUUUGAGGGAGAUGGGAACAAGAAGGAGGCCCAGAAGACCAACACCACUUUCAAGUGCCAGAGCUGUUUAAAGGUUCUCAAGAACAACAUCAGGUUCAUGAACCAUAUGAAGCACCACCUGGAGCUGGAAAAGCAGAACAGCGAGAGCUGGGAAAGCCACACAACGUGCCAGCAUUGCUACCGACAGUACAUGACUCCAUUCCAGCUGCAGUGCCACAUCGAGAGCGCUCACAGUCCGAUCGAAUCCUCAACCAAUUGCAAGAUAUGCGAGCUGGCGUUUGAGUCAGAGCAAGUUCUCCUGGAGCACAUGAAGGACAACCACAAGCCUGGGGAAAUGCCUUAUGUGUGUCAGGUCUGCAAUUACAGGUCCUCUUUCUUCUCAGAUGUGGAGGCGCAUUUCCGAAGUGCCCAUGAAAACGCAAAAGACCUGCUCUGUCCCUUCUGUCUCAAAGUUCUUAGAAGUAGUCAUAUGUAUAUGCAGCAUUACAUGAAACAUCAGAAAAAGGGGAUCCAUCGCUGUGGAAAAUGCAGACUGAAUUUCCUCACCUACAAGGAGAAAGUGGAGCACAGGACUCACGUCCACAAGACUUUCAGAAAACCUAAAGCCUUGGAGGGCCUUGCUCCAGGAACAAAGGUGACCAUUCGAGCCUCCCUCACAGGAAAGGCACCCACAUUGCCGGCCUCCCCUGAUCGACCUGGAUUUAUUGUCAGUCCAGAAACAUUAAGCUUCAGUCAGCAAACCAAGCCUCCAAUCAGCGUAACCAAGUCAAAAUCAAACAUCUCUGUAGCGGGAAAAGCCAAGACGACUCCAAGCAGGAAGCAAGACGGCCGGAAUACCAAGCACAAUCUGGUGCUCCGGAAUCUCAGAGUCGAUGGAGGACUUUACACGUGCAUUGAGUGCAACUCACAAGUUGACAACUUCUUUUCUCAUUUCCCAAUGGUUUUAAAUUGUGGUGCAUGCAAAUAUCGCACAAGUUGCAAAGUUUCCAUUGGAAAUCAUAUGAUAAGAUUUCAUAGUACCAUAACCAAAAACAGAUUUCUGAAAAUGGAUCACAAGAAAAAUUCAUCUGCAUUGAAAUCAACCCUGGUAUGUCUCAACUGUGACCUCCUCGUAGAUGCAUCAGGUGGUGACCUGAUGACCAAACAUUUAACUGAUAGACCCAAUCACAUAUGCAAAGUCAUUCAGGAGAAAGCAGAUAUGAAAGCGAAAGAUCGAGUGCAUCUCCUCUUCGGGCAGCCAGCAAAAGUUGCAUACGUCCUGACGUCAACACCUGCUCAAAGACCAAAGGAAACAGACUUGAAACUAGUUGAAAGUGUCGCAUCUCAAAGUGUUUAUCUCACUGCAGUGGACAAACCAGAAUCAGUGCCAAUGUUACCAGCAGGUGGACAGGAAAAAGCUUCCACAGAAAUCUGUGUCACUGCAGGUUCCUCUGAAGGACAAUUAAAGCAGCCGUUGCUGCCCAUUCUGUCGUCUUCCUGCUCAUCAGAUGGGGUUUCAGAUCUGCGUGAUGAGUCUGUUUGUAACUCAGAGAGCCUUGAAGCCAGAGAGCAGCUCCCCCUCUCAGGUGUUGAGACGAAGUAGCAGCAGCCUCAAUCCGAGUGAACCUGUGAAUUAACUAAACAAUGCACAUGAGAAUAGUACACAGUUGUGAAUAUAAAAAUAAUGGCAUCAUCAGCCAUAUGUUGGCAUUGUGUCCUUUACAAAUAUCAAACCUAUGAUAAUAUUGCUUUGGCUGCUGAUGUUUGUAAUUAAUCCCCUGAAGAUUCAUGUGUUUGGCAAGCCAGUUUCAACUAAAAAUACACUUUUCUUUAAUCUACCAAACUGCCAUUACUUGAAUAGAUGUAAUGUGUCUUUGUAUUUAUAAAUACAGUAAAAAUACAACCACUACAAUCUUAUUUGGCCUAAAAAUCAUAGUAGUUAAAGAAUGUGCAUAGUCAAACAUUUCCACAUCAGAAAUCAUUCUGCACCUUGACAGAUUCCAGACUGCUCAGUGUCUGCUAUUGAUUCAACUUAUAUGAUUGAGGCUCAUUUUGUAUUUCUUAAAGGUUUCCAAAACUGGUUGAUGUUAUCCUUAAGAAAAUCAAAUUUGUCAUAAACAGGUCAGCAUUUGUCUCUCUUCCUGAUCCAUAAAGUAUCCACACAUACCAAAAUAAAGUCAUUGUGACAGCUUUAGUGCCAUUACCAGCCGUGACAGUGUUGCACUGGUAUCUUGGCUUGACAUAAGAUAUUUGUUUCAGUUUUGGUUUUUAAGUCACCAAAAUGGAGUUUUGUCUCAUUUAAUCUGUGGUUUGCCCCCAUGAUGUUGAAUGUGAGGUUGCUAUCCUCAAAAAACCUACACUGUCACUGAACUGAGCUAAAUAAUUUAUGUGGUAAAGGUACAGUGCCGUGAAAAAGUAUUUGCCCCCUUCCCGAUUUCUGUGUUUUUUGCAUAUUUAUAACACACAAAGGUUUCAGAUCAUCAAACCAAUUUUAAUAUCACACAGAGACAACCCACAGAUAUAUAAAAUGCAGUUUCUAAAUGAUGAUUCAAUUUAUUAAGGCACAAAAAAAUCCAAACCUGUCUGGCCCUAUGUGAAAAAGUAAUUGCCCCCUGAACCUAAUAGCGAGUUGUGCCACCUUUGGCAGCAAUAACUGAAAUCAAGCGUUUGCGAUAAUUGGUGAUGAGUCUUUCACACCGCUGGGGAGGAAUUUUGGCCCACUCUUCUUUGCAAAAUUGUUUCAACUUUGCCAUAUUGGAGGGUUUUCUACCAUGAACUGCCCGUUUAAGGUCACACCACAGCAUCUCAAUUGGAUUUAAAUCCGGACUUUGACCUGGCCACUCCAAAACCUUAAUUUUGUUUUUUUUGAGCCAUUCAGAGGUGGACUUGCUGGUGUGUUUAGGAUCGUUGUCCUGCUGCAUGAUCCAAGAGCACUUGAGUUUGAGGGCACAAACUGAUGGCCGGAUGUUCUCCUUCGGGAUCUUCUGGUAAACAGCAGAAUUCAUUUUUCCGUCAAUCACAGCAAGUUGUCCUGGUCCUGAGGCAGCAAAGCAGCCCCAGACCAUCACACUGCCACCACCAUGCUUUACUGUUGGCAUCAUGUUCUUUUUAUCAAAUGCUGUGCCAUUUUUACGCCAGAUGUAACAAAAUGUUCAAUUUUUGACUCAUCAGUCCACAGAAUGUUUCUCCAAAAGUCUUGAGGAUCAUCAAGAUGCUUUUUGGCAAAUGUGAGACGAGCCUUUGUGUUCUUUUGUGACAGCAGUGGUUUUCGCCUGGGAACUCUCCCGUGGAUGCCAUUUUUGGCCAGUGUCUUUCUUAUAGUGGAGUCGUGAACACUGACCUUAACUGAGGCCAGAGAGGCCUGCAGUUCUUUGGAUGUUUUUCUAGGUUCUUUUGUGACCUCCUGGAUGAGUUGUCGUCGCACUCUUGGAGUAAUCUUAGUUGGUCGACCACUCCUGGGAAGGUUUGCCACUGUUCCCAGUUUUCUCCAUUUGUGGAUAAUGGCUCUGACAGUGGUUCGCUGGAGCCCCAGAGCCUUGGAAAUGGCUUUGUAACCUUUUCCAUACUGAUAGAUUUCAGUCACUUGUUUUCUCAUUUCUUCUUGAAUUUCUUUGGAUCGUGGCAUGAUGCGUUUGUUCUUGAGAUUUUGUAGCCUACUUCACUUUGUCUAACAGAUUCUAUUUAAGUGAUUUCUUGAUUCAACAAAGGUGGUGGCAAUCAGGUUUGGGUGUGGCCUGUGAAAUUGAACUCAGCUUUCCCAAGACUGUGGUUAGUCACAGUUACUUUGUGAUUUAGCAAGGGGGGGCAAUUACUUUUUUUACAUAGGGUCAGAUAGGUUUGUAUUUUUUCCCCAGCUUGGUAAACAAAAUCAUCAUUUAGAAACUGCAUUUUAUAUAUCCUUGGGUUGUCUCUG